UGCACCGCUCAGCAGGGCCCAGGCAGGCAGGCCCGGCCCGAACCGUCCCGCGGCCCGUCUCCCAGUGUCUCCCAGUCACUCGCGGGCUGACGCGGCGCCGACACAGCGCACUGCGGAAGGGCGAAGAGCAGCACUAUCAGGCGACCAUGUUCCUCCACGCCGCGCUGCACGCCGCGCUGGCGGUGCUGCUGCUGCCGCCCUGCUGGUCGCUGUGCCUCGCCAUGGACGGCGUCAAGGCGGCGGCGGACGAGGCGGCCUCCAACAACAACGACGCCGUCGACCCGGACCCGCCGCCGCUGCGCCUCACGCCGCUGCUGGAGGCGGGCAACGUGACGGGCGCCAGGACGCUGGCCGAGGUGCCCGCCCUGCUGGCCUCGGGCUGUUGCACCAGCUACUCGGGCUUCCUCACCGUGGACAAGGAGCACGACUCCAACCUCCUGUUCUGGUUCUUCCGCGCCGAGACGCGCCCCAAGAAGGCGCCGCUCGUCGUCUGGCUGCAGGGCGGCCCCGGCACCAGCAUGAUGCGGCCCGUCUUCCUGGAGAACGGCCCGUACCGCCUGGACGGCAAGUCCGGCAGGCUGGAGCGGCGCCAGGGCACCUGGACGCAGCGCCACAACAUGCUGUACUUCGACAACCCCGUGGGCACGGGCUACAGCUUCACCGGCAGCCCGGACGGCCUGUCCAAGACCGUGGGGGAGAUCAGCCGCUCCCUCAUUGAGGCGCUGCGACAGUUCUUCGUCAUGUUCCCCGGGCAGCGCACCCGCGACCUGUACAUCGCGGGCGAGUCGUUCGGCGGCAAGAUGGCCACCGCGCUGGCCCACGCCAUCUACCGCCUGCCGGAGCCCGCGGACCCCUCGGCCGCCUUCAACCUCAAGGGGGUCAUGGUCAUCAACGGGCUGGUGGACGUCGAGUCGCAGCUGGACAAGAGCGACAUCGUGUACAACCUGGGGCUGGUGGACGAGGCCGGCCGCGACGAGAUGAAGGCCGCUGCCGCCGAGCAGCUGCGGCUGGUGCGCGAGGGCCGCUGGCUGGAGGCGCUCAAGCUGUCCAAGGACGAGUGCGGCAGCGUCGUGUCGCCGCAGGAGACGGGCAUGGCGGGGCUCACCAACUACCUGCUGUGGAACGGCACGCAGGACGACGGCUUCUCCGACCUGGCGCAGCACGCCUUCAUCCGGCGCGCGCUGCACGUCGGCAACACGCCCUUCACGGCCCGCGCGUCCGCCGUGGCCGCCGCGCUGCGCGACGACCUGGCCGUGUCGGCGCUGCCCAUGCUGGCCGAGCUGGCCGACUCGCCGGUGCGCGUGCUGGUGGUGAGCGGCCAGAUGGACCUGUGCCUGCCGUACCGCCUCACGGCCAACUUCCUGCGCGCCAUGGCGUGGAGCGGCGCGGACCAGUGGGCCUCGGCGCCGCGCGUCACGUGGUGCGUCCGCGGCCAGCUCGCCGGCUACGCCAAGACCGUGCGCGGCCUGACGGGCCUGACCCACGUCCUGGUGCGCAACGCCGGCCACUACCUGGGGCAGGACCAGCCGCGCUGGGCCGCCAACGUGGCCGCCACCUUCACGGACGGCGCCUCCUUUGACACGUGCGAGGAGCGCUGCGCACUGGGCACCGUGUAGUGGCGUGUGUUCGUGUGUGCGAGUGCGUGUGUCAGUGUGUGUGUUUGUGUGUGUGCGCAGGGGUGUGUUUGUGUGGGUGCGUGGGCGUGGGGGGACUAAAACUAGAAAAUAGUUGAAAAACAGUGGUGCAUUAAUUUAUUUUGUUUUCUCGAAAGGCCCUUGAUGGCCUAGGAAGACUGACUGUCCCGGACUACUCACACUUAUUGUUAUCAUGACAAGUCAAAUGGUGUCUACGUGACUGGAAUAAAUUAACAUAAGAUAAA